AGCUUAUAAUCUUUGCAUUACAGGCUACCAUAGUUCAGAAAAUUAUCAAAAAAACAAAGAGAGACUUUUGUAGACUCCUAACAUCAGUUGUGAUUAGAAAAUGGCAGCAGCUACUGUGACUACUUCUCUCCCCCAGUUCAAUGGGUUGAGACCCAAGAUCUCAUCCAAUGUACAGAGCUUGGCUGCUGUUCAACCAAUGAGGCGCAAGAGCCAAGGUGCCUUGGGAGCUCGCUGUGAUUUCAUCGGUUCACCCACCAAUUUGAUAAUGGUGACUACUACAAGCCUAAUGUUGUUUGCUGGGAGAUUCGGGUUGGCGCCAUCUGCAAACAGGAAGGCAACAGCAGGAUUGAAGCUUGAAAUUAGGGACUCAGGGCUUCAGACCGGUGACCCAGCUGGGUUCACCCUUGCUGAUACCUUGGCUUGUGGGACUGUAGGUCACAUCAUUGGGGUUGGGGUUGUUCUUGGCCUUAAGAACAUUGGUGCUCUGUAAAAAGUAAUAAUUCACCAAAUUUGCGAGUAUUUCAUUUCAA